AUUAAAAUAUGGUAAGGAUAAUCUUGUAUUUUCAAAACAACUUUUCGCAGAAGCUCCAAAUCGGAGCUUCUGCUUUUAUGUUAUACAAAAGCGUUUUUCGGCUUUUCAAAAGCCGAACUUUUAGAUAUGUUUGACCCUACUUCAGCUUUUAAACUCGAAAAACACUUUUAAAAACCAGGCCAAAAAGUUUAACAUCAAGUUGAAGAAGAGUGUGGACUAUACCUGAUUUACUACUCUAGGCUCACGAUUUCUACGUCUAAAACUUCCCAACAUUUACAAUAGUUUCCAUUGCAAAGUGGCGAAGCUUUCCACUGUAAAGUUCUAGUUCUUCCCGCUAUAGGCGUCUUGGUCGAAACUCGAAAGGAGGAGCUCGUGGCAAAAACUGCACCUUUGACCUAGUUCUUCUUUGUCUAUUGAGAAUUCCGUACUGAAAAAAUAUCAACAUCCCAAAUAUCUUCUUGCACAAAAAGCUCAUUCCUUUAUCACAUUCCAAUCCAAGUCCUCCUUGCUCCGAAAAUUUAUCAGCAGACCCAGUUCAAUUUCAAUUCACUAGAAUGUAAAAAAAUCCCAAUUUCCCCUGCUAUCUCUACUCACGAAGUCCCCCAAAAUGCAUAUGCUCCACUUCAACCCUAGCUCACUCUUCUUCCCGUCAAAACCCAGUUCUGUAACUCCGCUCUCGCCGGCCGGUCCCACUUUUUCCCGCUGUUUUGCAGUCGGAGGCGACGUCCCCGCCGGGCCAGACUUCCCCAGGUGGUUCCCCUUCAUUUCUUCUUCUUCUGCUGCUGCUGAUGCCGCCGGCAUCCGGAUUGGUAAAGACUCCGACGGAGGAGGAGGAGUUGGUUCCGGCUCUGGCUCCGGUUCCGCCGCUUUGGACGGCGGCUUGUCCCAGAGGCGGGGCAACGGCGGCGUGAGUGGAAGCAGGUUGAACGCGAGGGAGAAGAAAUGGUCGAGGAAUAGAGAUAGCUACUUGGUGGAUGAUGAGGAUGUGCUCCCUCUUCCCAUGUCUUAUCCCAAUACUAAACCCGUCACUCCAGAGGUGAUUGAUAAGCGAUUGAGAUGUGACACUGAAAUUGAGGAUUGCAGGGAAGUGGUUUAUGAAUGGACUGGAAAGUGCAGGAGUUGCCAAGGGUCAGGGGAUGUCAGUUAUUUUAACAAAAGAGGGAAGGAGAUUAUCUGCAAAUGUGUGCCUUGCCAAGGGAUCGGAUAUGUGCAGAAGAUUACUGCUCGGAAGGACAUUGAAGUAAUGGAGAACUUGGACAACGGAAAGCCACCAUGAGAUCGAUCAUCGUGUUUCUUUUAGGUUCAGACUUCAGAGUAUACUUCCCAUGAAUUCUGGUUUUCGUACAGAACUAUAUAGAGAUUGACAAGCAUAUCUUGACAUGGAGAAUAUAGGGCAAAAAGUGAUGGGCAAAGGGCUUCAAAUUUGUUAACCUUUUUGAAAAGGAAUCUAUUCUUUCCGUUGAGCUUCUUCAACCAUAGCUUUCUUUUUUCCAUAUGUACAUCUCUUGAAGAGGUUCCUCGCAGGUUGAUCUCAGGAAUAAAAGAAAGCCAUCUUU